GAAUUUUUUUUUUACAUAAACUACCCCAGGGAUAGUUCCAUAACUCAGACCAGUCUUGAUUCUACGGAUCAAGAAAAAAUGACUGAAUCUCUAGAGCUUGAAGAUGGCUUCAAAAAGUCGUGCGCGGCUUUCGACCAGAACGCACUCGAAUUAAACAAACAAAUCGAAGCCACACAAGAAGAGCUUCAGCGGCAUAAGGAAAAGAAUGACGGGCACAUUGCAGAGUUGGAGGGGAUUCAAGAGCGGCUGGAGAAGAUUAAAAAGAAGUUACAAGAGACAGGUGCUGACCACAAAGAUUGUUGUGGUUUGGCUGACUCCGGUCGUGAGGAUGGAAAUGGAGAUAAGAGUAAAGAUGGGCAGGUUGGAGAGCUGUGAUGUCAGUAAGUAGGCACGUUGAAUUUUAACCGGUGGUUUUGCCACAUUUGAGUGAGCUUCCUGAUACCUUCAACUCGAACUUCUUGUUCGUUAUACUCACCUCUUAUACGGUCUGACCUAGAUCUAGUUGGGCGUCCCGCAGGAAUCAACACAAAACUUGCACGCAAGAACCAGAAAUUCAUGAAACUUAGUAUCGUCGGGUCACAGAAUAAAUUCGAUAUAACACAAGGACUGGAUAUAGGUACUAGUGAAAGAAACUAGUGGCAGACCUACGUAUCCGAUAUGACUUGAUGGGAACUCUGUGGAAAUGGACUUUUGGGACGAAAGGCGCUUAGGCAAAUUCUAAAGACAUUGGCAAUGAUCAUGCUGGGAUUAUAGAAAGGAGAAAAAUCACAAAGAGGUUGAACGUAGCGCUGAUAGACCUUUAUCA